CCUCCACACUCGUUCAUAUCCAUACGUGCAAAUUAGCUUGGCAACAAUGGUAUUGACUCUGUCGCCUGAAUUGCUCGUCUGCACCUCCGUCCUCCUCCUACUUUUAGCCUUCUGCAUGUACACAAAGCCUAGGAGAUCAAAGCAUCCAUUGCAAACGACGGAUUGGCCAAUACUUGGCAUCCUCCCUUCACUCAUCCUCAACCUACACAGGUUCCACGAUUACAUCACCGAAGUCCUCCCCUCCUAUGAGCAUAACCUCAAGUCGUGCUUAACUAGCAUGCGCUUCUUGAUCACUUGUGACCCGACCAAUGUCCGGCACGUUUUCACCUCAAACCACACAAACUACCUCAAGGGCAAGGAGUUCUCGGAGAUGUUCGACGUUACAGACGGCAGCUUCUUCACCGUCGACGGCGAGCCAUGCCGCCGGCAGCGUGCUAGGAUUCAGAGCAUAUUCAGCAGCCCGCGGCUGCUCGCCUUGAUGGCCGACUGCUGCCGUGACAAGGUGGAGAAGGGCGUUACCCCGUUCCUGACACGUAUGGUGACCACCGGGGCCCCGUUUGACAUGCAUGAUUUGAUCACGAGGUUCGCGUUCGACGUGACCGCCACGCCCAUCUUCGGCGUGGACCCUGGUCUCCUCUCAACCGGCGGCCAUAACAUGCCACUACAACCCACGCAUGCCACCGUCGCCAUGGAUACCGUCAUGGAGGUGGCACUGCUCCGCCACGUCCUGCCAGUGUGCUGCUGGAAAGCGAUGAGGUGGCUAAACAUUGGCCCAGAGAGAAAGCUCGCCGUGGCGCAUAAAGUGCUUCGUGGGUUUAUAGCAGAGAUGAUGGAGAGGAGCAAGCUGAUGACAAGCAGCCAUACUGGUGAUCAGGAGGGUCCUGUUGGCCCCGUAGACAAUAUUAUGUCUACAUACAUCAACGAUCCAGAAUACAACGAUGGCCUGCUCUGCGCGACGCUCAUCAACUUCAUGAUCGCUGGGAGGGACACCAUCGGCACGGCGUUGCUAUGGCUCUUCUACAGCCUCGCCCAGAACCCUGACGUCGUGUCCUGUAUCCGGAAAGAAUUGUUCCCUAUUGCCUCGGGCAAAGCAGCACACGCCAGCACCAUGGUUAUAUUUGAGCCCGAGGAGACUAAAGCCCUUAUCUAUUUGCACGCCACUUUGUUCGAGUCUCUCAGGCUGUUCCCUCCGAUCCCCAUCGAGCGCAAGACGGUGAUCGCUGACGAUGUGAUGCCGAGCGGCCACGGGGUGUGUGCUGGUGACACCAUCCUCGUCUCCCUCUACUCCAUGGGGAGAAUGGAGCAGGUGUGGGGGCAGGACUGCCGGGAGUACAAGCCGGAGAGGUGGCUCUCUGGAAACGGCAGCGAGCUACGGUAUGUGCCAUCUCACAAGUUCUUGGCGUUUAACUCGGGGUCUAGGAUGUGCCUCGGAAAGGACAUUGCCAUCAUGCAGAUGAAGACUGUCGUUGCUGCCAUCGUGUGGAACUUCGACCUGGAAGUGUUGGAAGGGCAUUCUGUCCAACCCAAGUUUUCUUGUAUUCUGCAGAUGAAACAUGGGCUUAUGGUGAAAGUGAAGAAGCGAGAAAUGUAGUGCGGUGCUGCUAGGGUCCAUGCCGUGGAACGCAGCGUUUUAGUUUCCGGGCGACAGCGAGCUUUUUAUCAUCAUGGCAGUACAGUCUAGUCUUGGGAUUCACAAACUUCAGAAUCCACACUAUCUUUUUUUUUUUUGCAUCGAAAAUCCACACUAUCUAAACCAUACUAUAUGCAUUAGUAUUUAAAUAUGUGUGUUUAGAUACAACUCAUGUACGUAAUGGAUUGUAUCCUAUUGUUGUACUAUUUAGAAAGGAUUCUCAUCUAUCUAUACCUAUACUAAUUACAGACUCCCAAAAAAUUACCACGUUAAUCAGUAAUUAUGAGCCGUUAAUCUGGUGGGGUCGAGUUAUUACGGUGUAGAUCAAUUCAUAAUUUUCUCUUAAAGAUUUGGUCUACUGUGAAAAAAAAACUGCUAUUAUUCAACGGAUUCUUCCUCCCGUAUUAAAAGCAAUCUUCCUCCGGCCCGUAACAAAAGCAUUCCAUUAAUCCACCGAUUCUUCCAACCGUAAUAAAAACAAUCUAUAAAACUUUGAUUUUAAAAAAUACUCUAUCUACUCAUAAACUCUAACCGUCUCCUUCCAAAAAUAAAGAAAAAAAUCUAAUCUAAUUGUUAUCUCGCCCAAUCUCGCAGUGUCACGAUCCGAUGACCGCAUACCUCCUGCAAUCUCCCGUCAUGUCCUCUGUGGCGGCAGCGCCGUGGCAAUGGAUCCAGCUCAACUCCAGGGCCGAUGACUUUGAGAUGAGUUGGGACGUUACCUUCACGCAGCUCGAGGGGGGCACCAGUACCAGCGCCAGCGUCUUUGUCGGCAUCAGCUAGCAGCAGGUCUACACCGUGGCGCAGUGCAGCUCAUCAAGAUCGAGUGCACGCCAUGGCCCCCGGUUAGGUAAUCUAAUGGCUUUCUUCACUCUCCCUUAAUUUUCCUAACAAAUCAAACACCGAUUUGUGCAAGGGAAAUCUCAUCGUACUAUAUGCUUGGCAUGGCACCACACAACAUACACAGAUUGAUCUAACUGGCCUCGGCAACAUCAGGAAAGCUCAUGUCUGAUGUUUAUUUUAGGCAAUGGAUGGUAAUUUCUGUUGUGCAGGGGAUGACGGCCAUGGGAUAAUGCUCUUCUUUAGUUGUUUGUUCCAAUUAAUAACAGAAGUAAGAGGAAGAAAAGGGAGCCGUCAGAUUGUAAUGUACGGCAGAUUCUGCUAGCUACAGUAGCAGCUGAAAGACCCAUCGCCGUCUGCCUAGCCACUUGGUGCUUCUCACGAUCGAGGACGGCAGAAGAACAGAGCCAUGCAUAUCUGAGUGCCCAUGGCCCACCGCCUCGUGAGCGGCUGCAGGCCUGCAGGGCGUCCUUGCCUCAUGCGGCACGUAUGGCUGCCAGCCAAGACAUCAGUGAUGCCAAUGACAUAUGAUGCCCGAUGGAGGAGGUUCAGUAGCUGCGCAUCAUGGGAGAUGACAGGGGGGUUCUUCAACGCCGGAGCUCCAACAUCAAUUGUUGCCUGAAGCUGUUAGAUACUGAUGCAUGUGCCCAGUAGUUAGACUCCUCCAAGGAUGAAAACGAUCCAAAACUAAUCCUUCCACCACAACAGUAACGUAUGCAAAGUGGCCCUUUGUCCAACUCCAAUCUUGAUCCAUCCAUGUUUGAGGUGAGAGAACACCUAUGUCGUUGUUAAUUCUCUUUACUGGACUGUACAGAUUUAUAACUGAAAAUGGAAUAGCCGAUGCCCCCCUGCACAGCCACAUAUGGAUCUUAUAGACCAUAACACUGCAAGUGUGCAUUGAUGGACAGCGAGGACAUAUUAUUGGGGCAUGCAAUUUCUGAACAAUAUUAGCAUCCAAUGUCCUAGAAUAAAAGACAUGAAGAAAUCAGUCUGGUGAAGAGCUUCUAAUCGAUAUUAGUGAUGGGUAAGAAUGGUUCCAAAGUGUCUUAAGUAAGAAUAGUAUAUGUUGGAAUUUUAGCUUAUGAUACUGACAUGUAGAAUGAUUCCGAGACAUUACUCUCCUUGAAUUGCGUAUUCAGAUUAAUCAUGAUAUAUGUGACCAAACCAGGCAACAACACUGAGUGGUCUCAUCUUUCAGCUCACAUUCUUCCACUUAUGCAUAUGCCCACACAGCUUCAUAUGUGUAUUUUCUCAUACAAGUGUUUGUUGAACCAAUCAAGAUAGCUCUUAGAUUUGGUGUUUCCUAUGUAGUUACCAUUGCAUCCAUUCAUAAAUAAUGUUGGUUCCUUGACAACUUUCAGUAUAUUCAUGGUUAAUGGAAGCAAUAGAAAUUUGAAAUUCAGUUAACUAUAUGUCUGUUUUUUUGAGGGAUCAAGUGCCAGUCUCUGCCCCAGCUGAAACUUUAUUACACAAAGAUACAGAUCUUUGGGGUAUAGGAGGCAGAGAUACAUAGCAGGCAGCACACAAGGUAGCAGAUUGACCCAAUCUCACACAAACUGAAGCGCUGCACACUAAGAACUCAAUGGAGCAGCAGGCAACCUACGAGGAAUUAUGAUAGUUCAGUGCUCAAGGUGAGUCCUGAGCAUCAGAACCAGCUGAUGGUUGGAAAGAACACGAGCCAGAACAAGUACAAUACAAUCAUAUUGGCAAGGCGACAGUGAAGGCGACGAGGCGAAGCAGCAAGCUCUGUGGAUAUGCAUUUUCUCUCUCCACUAUCCUAUUAUGUUUUGUAGUUGUGAUGAUAAAAUUCUAACAGAUUCUCCCCGAAUAUAGUAGUACUGUAAUUUUUUUUCU